CCAAAAUACGGAGUACAAUAUAAUAAUCCCCUCACAGCUCUCUCUCGUGGCUUCUUCUCUCCCCGUGCAAACCUUCAAAAUUGAGCACCGAAUCGAUACAGUAGAGAGCUAGGGUUUUGCAGUAGGGACUGAUGUCUCUGAAAUCGUAUCGGAUUCCAGCUGCAUUCGGGGGAUAAUUAGCAGAACUCGAAUCUUCUCGAUUCGGAUCUGAAUUUUCUGGAGUUGUAGCCAAAAUGUACGGUAAUUCUGGUGAUGUCGAAGGCAAUGACCCAUCGGGGUCCCGGAAGGCUUCUCCGCCGUCCGCGAUGCCAUGGGUCCGUAAUCUCCGACGUUACAUUGGGGACGGGGCCGGUCUAGGCUCCGAAGCACUCAUGGAGCUUGAAACAAAGAAGAUCUUGCUUGAUAUUUUCAAAGAGAAACAACAAAAAAGUGCUGCAGCUGGCACAAUUCCCAGCUUCUAUAAGAAAAAACCUGAAGAUGGAUCCAUUAGUCAUAGGGUUCAGAGGCUGGCAAAAUAUCGAUUUCUAAAGAAACAAUCUGAUCUUCUGUUAAAUGCCGAUGAUUUGGAUGCUAUGUGGGUUUGCUUAAGAGAAAACUGUGUGAUCGACGAUGCAACUGGUGCUGAAAAGAUGAACUAUGAAGACUUUUGCCACAUUGCCUCUGUCUGUACAGAACAAAUAGGCCCUAAAUGUCGACGCUUUUUCAGUCCUUCAAAUUUCAUGAAGUUUGAGAAAGAUGAAUCAGGCAGAAUAGCUAUUCUUCCCUUCUACCUUUAUGUGAUGCGCACGGUGUCACUGACACAGGCAAGGAUAGAUAUGAGUGAGCUUGAUGAAGAUUCUGAUGGCUUCCUUCAACCUCAUGAGAUGGAGGCCUACAUACGGGGCCUUAUUCCUAAUCUGGCACAACUACGUGACAUGCCUGCAGCCUUUGUGCAAAUGUAUUGUCGCAUAGCUGCACAUAAAAUUUUCUUCUUUUGUAAUCCCAAUCGACGAGGAAAGGCAUGCAUAAAGAAGAUUCUGCUUAGUAACUGUCUUCAAGAGCUGAUGGAACUACAUCAGGAAAGUGAGGAAGAAGUCACUGAUGCUGAACAAGCUGAAAACUGGUUUUCAUUGGCUUCUGCACAGCGCAUAUGUGAUAUGUUCCUUGCUCUUGAUAAAGAUAUGAAUGGAACAUUGAGCAAACAAGAACUCCGAGAAUAUGCAGAUGGGACACUGACAGAUAUUUUUAUUGAGAGAGUUUUUGAUGAGCAUGUCCGACGUGGGAAAGGUGGAGGUGUUAAUGGUCGCGAGAUGGAUUUUGAAAGUUUUCUUGACUUUGUUUUGGCCCUAGAAAACAAAGACACUCCUGAGGGAUUGACAUAUCUGUUCCGGUGUCUUGAUCUACACGGGAGGGGUUUCUUAACAACAGCUGAUAUUCAUACUCUCUUCAGAGAUGUGCAUCAAAAAUGGAUUGAAGGAGGGAACUAUGAACUAUGCAUAGAGGACGUUAGAGAUGAAAUAUGGGAUAUGGUGAAGCCUACUGACCCUUUGCAGAUAACACUGGCUGAUUUGCUGUCAUGCAAGCAAGGUGGGACUGUUGCAAGCAUGCUCGUUGAUGUCCGUGGUUUCUGGGCCCACGACAACCGAGAGAACCUUCUCCAAGAAGAGGAGGAGCCGGUGGAAGAAGGAUAGAAUAAAUGAUUUCCUCCUUUUGCACAGAAGCUGGAGUAAGAUGAUGUUUUGAAGAUUUUACAGCAAUAGAUUCUGAUGUGUUGUUCUGUAUGCAGAACACUUUGGUUGUGUAGAGUUAUGUUAAGUGUGUAAGCGGUAGAGUGUAAUGGUCCGGAAUUAUAUUAUGUAACUAUAGCAGAAAGAAAAGAUGGGAACCUGUCUUGUAUUGAUCAACAAAGCCCAAGCAAUAAGCUCUUUUCGAGUUGCAUGCUAUUCAGUAAAAUGCAUAUUAGUACACUCGGAUCUAUGUCAAUAAUACCGUCUGUUUCUCUUUU